AAGAAAAUCCACGAAUAUGAAUAUGAAUGAAUUAACCGGCAUUUUUUUUUAUAUUCAAAAAUGUCCUUGCAUGUGUAAGAUUGGACGAUUUAAUCAAUAGCGUUUGUUUUUCACGUGGAAGUGGAUUAUUUGCAGUUUCAUCUGCAGGUGUCUUCGUAUGACAAGAAACGUCUCGCUGACACUAUACAACCGACAGUUAUUUGUAAGGUUAUUUGAACAUUAGGUGGAUAUUUUGUCUACACAAAUACAGCGAGGUCUGAGACAAAUUAAACCUCAGAUAAGACAGAGCGCUUGGUAAAAUAGGUUAUACAUUGUUAGCAAUUUAAUAUUAUAAUUCCAUGCAGUAGAAUGGCACUUUCUAGGGGUUUGCCACAAAGCAAGGAAGCUCUGUUGAAGUCGUACACAACAAGACUAAAGGAUGAUGUCAAGUCUAUGCUAGAGAAUUUUGAAGAAAUAGUAAAGCUGGCCAAAGGUGAAAAUGAUACUCAGUUGUCAAAGAUGACCCAGAGUGAACAAGAUACUUAUGAAAUGCAUGUCCGAGCAGCAAAUAUUGUGCGGGCUGGCGAAUCCUUAAUGAAACUUGUGUCAGACAUCAAGCAGUAUCUCAUUCUUAAUGAUUUCCCUUCUGUGAAUGAAGCCAUCACUCAGAACUCCAAGCUAUUUAGAACAAAACAAGCUGAAUGUGAUCAAAAAUUAAAAAGUCUUAGAGAUGAUAUGGCUGCUGACUUGUAUGAUCUGGAAGAAGAAUAUUAUACAUCAAUUUACAAAUAAAAUAUUGUGCAUGUUUUAAAGUUUUGUAAAUAUACUAGUCAUGUGGUAAUGGUGUAUCCUGAUCAUGCUGUUACAUAUUUUGUGAUGUUUUGUGCUGAACCAUAGGUUUACAAGCAGGAAUGUAAAGUAAAGGUAUAUGUGAUUAAUAAUAAUAAACAGAAGCAGGCUUCCAUAAACAAAAUAUUUGUUGUUAUAUAGGGAUCAAUUAAUUUUGCAUUACUGCAAGAUUGGAACAAGUUGGUUAUGUUUCUACCGUGCUGCCAGGCUUAAAAUAUAUGAGAAUUCAUAAACAUCCAAGGAAAAAGAGACUCAUUCAGUCUAUACAACUACUCUCUAGCUACUGUAAUCCAGCAUGAAUCUGAAAUAAAAGUUACUUAAAACAGAA